AUGGCCUCCUUAUCCCCUCUCAUAUUGCUCUCAUGUUUUCUAACUUACUACAUUGCUCCAACAUCUCAAGCCUAUUCACCGGGCUACUACACCACGACCCCCAAAACCACCAUGAACGUAGUCGACUCAUGUUGGCGUUCCAAGUCCAAUUGGGCCAUUAACCGCCGCGCUUUGGCCAACUGCGCAGUAGGCUUUGGCCAAGACACGGUGGGAGGAAAAUAUGGGAGUACUUACAUUGUCACCAACUCAUACGAUGACCCCAUAAACCCUCAACCUGGGUCACUCCGUUACGGGGUGAUCCAAACGCAGCCACUGUGGAUCGUCUUUGCCAAGGACAUGGUGAUCACACUAAAAAAUGAGCUCAUUAUGAACAGCUUUAAAACCAUAGAUGGUCGAGGAGCUAAAGUGGAAAUUGCCUACGGACCAUGCAUAACGGUGCAGGGCGUUAGCCAUGUGAUUAUACAUGGAAUAAGUAUUCAUGAUUGCAAGCCAGGGAAGGGUGGAAAUGUUAGGAGCACCCCUACACAUGUAGGGCACCGGCGAGGAUGCGAUGGAGAUGGCAUUAGUAUCUUUGCUUCUUCGCAUGUUUGGGUUGACCAUUGCUUCCUAGCACGUAGCAGCGAUGGCCUCAUUGAUGUCACCCAUGCUUCCACCGCCGUCACCAUCACUAACAACUAUUUCUCUCAGCAUGAUAAGGUGAUGCUGCUUGGACACAAUGAUAAUUUUAGUGCAGAUAAAGGUAUGAAAGUCACAAUAGCCUUUAACCGUUUUGGGGCUGGCCUGAUUGAAAGGAUGCCACGGGUGAGGUUUGGGUAUGCUCAUGUGGCCAACAAUAGAUAUGACGAGUGGAAGAUGUACGCGGUUGGAGGCAGCGCUAACCCGACCAUUUUCAGUGAAGGGAACUACUUCAUAGCGCCUGAUACUGCUUACGCAAAACAGGUUACAAAGAGAGAGUCUGGAGGACGUUGGAAUAAUUGGAAAUGGAGAUCUUCCAGGGAUGUGUUCAAAAAUGGUGCUUUUUUUGUUCAAUCUGGAUAUGGAAGCUGUUACCCACUUUACUCUAAAACUCAGUCGUUUAAGGUCCUAGACGGAUCCAUGGUUCCUGCUUUAACUUCAAGUGCGGGUCCUCUGCGCUGCUUUGUUGGUAAAGCAUGUUAA